UACGAAUAAUAAUAUAUGAAAUCGGAAGUUCAGCCCAACCAAAUAUUGAAUAGAAUCUAUCUCAGUGCGGUAGCUUGUACAUUGGCAUUUCCAAUUAUUUUGUAAAUAUUAACUAGUAAUUAAAAGUGAUGCGAGUCUAUUUGCAAAAAUGCUCUGCUCUGAUUGGUUUACAAUCACUACCAUUCAAAAUCUACAAUGCGAAAGGCGUGUUCAUGACUACCCCAUUCGGGCGACAGCUCUCUCUCAGUCCCUAGCAGAAAGCUACUUGCAGAGUACGUAAACCAGCAGCAUUAUAUAACAAAGGCUAUAAAUCCCUUCUUUCUACUCGAAACAGAGGAAGUGUAUUAAGAACAUAGCAUAAGCACCAAGAAGUCCUGUUGCUCAAAAUCGAGAUGCAUUCCGCUGCUAUUCCUACAGAAAGCAAAGAAAUUGACCCAAACAAUAAUAAUGUUAGUGACAAAACUGAUGAACUUGAUGCUGGCGUGGUGGAAAAAAAACUGGAUAACGAUGAGCAAUCUAUUGAAAGCCCAGGAAGCGCGUCCUCAGGUGAAAAUAAUGACGAUGCCAAGAAGCAAAAAAAGCCGAGACGACAACGAACCCAUUUCACCUCUUAUCAACUACAAGAACUGGAAGCAUUCUUCUCAAGAAACCGCUAUCCUGAUAUUUCUAUGAGAGAGGAAAUCGCGAUGUGGACGACUUUGACUGAAGCUCGAGUCAGGGUUUGGUUCAAAAACAGACGUGCAAAAUGGCGCAAGAAAGAGAGAAACAAUCAGACUACCGUAGUAAGUUUAGGUCCUGAAAACAGAGGAAGUUUAUUUCCCAGUGUGCCUUUCGGCUAUGACAACGGUGCAAUUCCUACAGAGGAUCCGUUUUACUAUUCCAAUUAUGGCUGGAAUAAGGCCUCCCCUAACAGCUUUGGAUCGUUAAAUCAGACAGCUAGUGGGUACAGUUCGAACUUCUCAUCUAUAAGCCAGCCGCAUGCAGGAACACACACAAAUCCACCAGGCUACAAUACAUCAUCAAUGUGUUUUACUGCAUCGCCAGAAAAUAGUUUUAUCGGUUUAACUAAUCAGCAAAAUAAUGUACCAAUAUAUCAACAAUCAUAUGGCUACCAGAAUCAGUACAACACAACGCUACCAAACAUGUACAAGCAUCCUAGUUCUUUUGUUGGCUCCACUCAACAAUCGUUUAGUCCUACCAACAUUAUGAAUACAAGUGUAACAGAAACUGGUCAAAGUGUCUCUCGUUACAACGCUACAUGCUUGUACAGUAUUGACAGCAGAUCGGGUUUGGGAUCAAUAUAGAUACAGUCAUGAUGACAGUUUGAGUGUCAAACCGGUUACGUGAAAUGUAUAAGUAUGACUGGAGUCUCUGAAGUUAUACUACGGAGUUUAAAUGCGUGUUUUAUAAUUGUGUAGUUACCGAGGCUGUCGAGCUUAGUGUCUAGUGUCUUCAGUUUUCUAUCAACUUUUUAAAAGUAUAAUGAAUCAUUUGCAGUCAGGAUCUUUAAUAAUUCAAACAUGAAUGCAACAUUCUAUAUGCUACAGUGUAAAUAAUGUAUAUAAAACUAAGUGUGACCUCUUUUUACAUGAUGUUUACAUUAUUGAUGUUUGUAUUGUUUCAUUUAUUUUUCCACAAUCCACAAAUAUAUUUCAGCUGUUGAUGUUGUUAUUGCAAA